AUGAAGAAGAUGGUCGGCAAUGGAGGGCAACAUGAUGUAGGGAUGAAGGAGAAGGUAUGCGGAUGGGUGCCGGAAGGUUUCAUGAGUGUAAACACUAGCUUGGGAGCUGGUAAGGCUUUCUUGAAGUCGAUCCAUCAUCAGUAUAUAGAAUGGGGUGUUGACUUCAUUAAACAUGAUUGUGUCUUCGGGAGUGACUUGAGUGUGGAUGAGAUCACCAUUGUAUCCCAGAUGAUGAAAGAGGCUGAUCAUCCCAUUACAUAUUCUCUUUCUCCUGGGACCUCGGCGACACCAUCUAUGGCCAAGCAGGUCAGCGGAUUGGCCAACAUGUACCGAAUAACCACCGACGAUUGGGACAGUUGGAGAGAUGUAGCAUCCCAUUUGAACAUCACAAGGAACUUUGCUGAUGCUGAGAUGAUUGGUGGCUCUGGCUUGCUUGGCAAGUCAUGGCCUGACUUGGACAUGUUGCCCUUGGGAUGGCUUACCGAUCUAGAGAAACUCGCUUUUGACUACAUUGCAUCUAGGCUCACUCUAGAUGAGCAGAGGACUCAGGUUCAUCUUGCUAGUGGCGACGAAACCAGAGCAUGGAUCGCGAGCGGAAGAGCAGAUGAGAUAUACCUAGCUUUCUUCAACCUUAACAACACACGGGCGAUGGUGUCAACAGUUAUGUCGGACAUAGCCACAGCUCUUCCAUGGAAGAGGGCGGUGCGAUCAUGUCGAGGAAAAGAAGUUUGGAGCAGGAGAAAUAUGGGUGUUAUGAAUCACACGUUGUCUAUGGCAGUGGAAGCUCAUGGCUCUGCUCAUUUUGUUCUUAAUUGUAGCUUAAAAGUGGGAAUUUACAUGCAAAGUUUAUCAUUACAAUCCUAA